AUGCUGAACAAGCAACCUCCAAUCAUCGUUAGCAAGAAAGCCAUGAGUCUUGAUGACUCGCCAAUGCUCGAACCGUCGCAUACAGUGGCGAACCAUUACAAGUUCAUUUCCGGGGUUCCUGGAGUCAAGUUGAGUGAGCACACGCCAAGGCGUCAGUCACAUACCAAUCAGCUUGUAUCUGGCCAGGCUAUUGUUGCCGUUCGAGAUUCUCCCCUACCGAAACCUGAAAAGGUCUUGACUAUGGCCGACCCAGAUCGUCCUUAUAACAUGUGGCCUAAUGCGAUAGGGAAGCUUGAGCAACUGUAUGGCGGCCUGCUUCCAUCUGGGUGGACUCCGUACUAUGAGUAUCCGACGCGCCAGUGGCUAUGUCCUAUCCGGUCAUGCCAGUGCUUGACGAAGAGCCGGUAUCAAUUUGGCCGCCACUUCUUGACCCAUCGUGGUUGUCACAUAAAUGACAACCUUGAUGGGACGUUUACCAUACUCCGCAGUCCAUCUCAAGCUCAGCUGGAUGAUAAGGAUUAUACCGACACACCCUCGGCUGUCAUCUCACGCGAGCCAUUGGACAUUGAACCUAUCCAAUCGCCAAAGAUCAGAAUCAAAGAUCCAUCAGGCACCCAGCCUAUUUGGUUCAGCCUCAGCUUGUAUAUGGAGUCAACCACGAAAGGGCUUACGAAAGCUGUCAAAAAUACGACACCCUAUUCUGUCCCAACAAAGAUUAAAGUUGUACAACCAGGACCGAGGGAGACCCCAUUGCAACUGGUCACAGAGGUUCACUCUGACGGGGAACUCAUUAUGGCCAGCAAGGAUCGGAAAUACACUUUGUGGUGGGGCAAGUCAUCUUCGUGGUAUAUUCUGUUACUGGUUUGGAAUUAA